AGCUUCUCGUCUGUUCAUUCGCUCAGAGAGGAAAAGAAGGAAGGAAGGAAGGGAAGAAAGAAAGAAAGAAAAAAGAAAAACGGAAGAAGAGAAACUUACCAACACGACUCCAAAGAAAGCUGCCGCCCAAAGGGACCAAGACAGGAGCGGGACGGAGGACGAGGGGCUGAGAAAGAGGCUUUUUUCUAGUCUGGUAGAAGGAAAUUCUGCAGAACAACCGUUGUUUAUAACCGAGGUGACCGGAGGCAUUCGUUUGCAGAGGACUUGCGCUUUAUCAACCCCGGGAACAGUUGUUUGCUGGACUGGAAGACCGGAGUCCAUUUUCCUCCAAAAGAGAAUCAGAAGCAAGAUCUAAAUUCCAACUACAGCAACAACAACGAAACACCCCGGAAAAGCAUAAGGUUUUGACCAGUUCUUCUUGCCACUGAAGAGAGUUAGCCCCAGAGGCUCUCGUGGUGAAUGACUGCGGGGCUGUAAGGGACUCUGUAGGACGGUGUGCCCCAAAUGGAACCCACAGAGCCGAUAGAAACCAAAGGGGACAGGGAGAAUGAAAGCACCAUGCCUGAAAAGAAGCCCCUCCAGGGGCAAGGAAAAGAGGGUGCCGUUCUCGGGCCAGAAGAAGAGAUGACCACGAGAGAGGAUCCCGCGUUGAAUGGGCAGGAGCAAGGGGGGACUUCGGGACUGAGCUGUGCGGAGACCCCCCCUGCCGAUGUUGAAGAGGAGACAGAAGAUGGGGGUGAGGUGCAACACCCGGCAUCUGCAGCCUCAGAAGAGACAAACCCCCCAAACCGGGAAGAGAUACCGGGAGAAGAUAUCCCACCGGAGAGUGCUGUGGCUCUUCCAGAGAUCCCCAGUUCCAGCCCAGCGGCCACCAGCCCCAGCUGCAGCCCCGUCAAGCAGGCUGCGGAGGCCCCCAAGGCGCAGCCUUCUCCGAGCAAUCAGCCCGAACCCCCCGACUUCUACUGCGUGAGGUGGAUCAAUUGGAAAGGAGAACGGACACCGGUCAUCACCCAGAGCGAGAACGGGCCUUGCCCACUCCUGGCCAUCAUGAAUAUCCUUUUUUUGCAGUGGAAGGUCAAGCUUCCUCUGCAGAAAGAAGUGAUCACAUCCGAUGAGCUGAUGGCCUAUCUCGGGGAUUGCAUCUUAUCCAUCAAGCCCGAAAAGGAGUCAGAAGUUCUCCAGCUCAAUUUCCAACAGAACGUCAAUGACGCCAUGACUGUCCUACCUAAACUCUCCACGGGCCUGGAUGUGAACGUGAGGUUUACCGGAGUCUCUGAUUUCGAGUACACCCCGGAGUGUAUCGUAUUCGACCUCCUCAAUGUGCCCCUUUAUCACGGGUGGCUGGUGGACCCACAAUUAGCAGAGGCGGUCCAGGCUGUUGGCAAACUGAGCUACAACCAGCUGGUGGAGAAGAUCAUUACCUGCAAGCAUGCCAGUGACCCCGAUUUGGUGACCGAAGGGGUGAUUGCAGAGCUCUUCCUGGAGUCCACAGCCUCCCAGUUGACCUACCACGGCUUGUGCGAGCUCACCACCACAGUUAAAGAGGGGGAGCUCAGCGUCUUCUUCCGGAACAACCACUUCAGCACCAUGAUAAAGCACAAGAGCCACUUAUACCUCCUGGUGACUGACCAAGGCUUCUUGCACGAGGAGCAAGUGGUCUGGGAGAGCCUGCACAACGUGGAUGGGGACAGCUGCUUCUGCGACGCCGAGUUCCACCUCAGCCACGCCCCGGGAAAGGAGGCUGCCGGAGGGUCCCCGCAGGAGCAGCGAGCGAACCAGAGACAGGUGGACCAGGACUAUAUGAUUGCUUUGUCCCUGCAGCAGCAGCAAGGGGGAUCCGCGCUGAGCGACCUGGAAUUGGCCCAACAGCUUCAGCAGGAGGAGUAUCAGCAGCAGCAGCCCCCGCCAGCCACCCCCCCAGCGCAGGGGAGAGGGCAGACUUCGGCCCGGCCCUCCGGGGAGCGCAGGCAGCGGCAGAAGCAAGACUCGGACUGCGUCAUCCUGUAACACUGACGGCCGGGCAUCCGGAGUGUCCCUUUACAGACUGCCAGCGCCUGCCAUGGGAAACAAAGUUCCCUUCUGUACCCAUUAAAAGACUUCUAUUUAAAGUCUCCCCUUCCCUGAGGGCCAGAAACCAAAAUUUUAAAAAGCAAAACCCUGGAAAAGAAACUUGUAUUCCUAUCACAUCUUGAUAACAAUAACAACAAUAAUAACAACAUUCGAUCCAUAUACCGCCCUUCAGGAUAACUUAACACCCACAAAGAGUGGUUUACAAAUUAUGUUGUUAUUAUACCCACAACAAUCAGCCUGUGAGGUGGGUGGGGCUGAGAGAGCUCUGAGAGAGCUGUGACUGACCCAAGAUUGCCCAGUUGGCUUCAAGUGGAGGAGGGGGGAAUCAAACCUGGCUUUCCAAACUAGAUUCCUGCCGCUCUUAACCACUACACCAAACUGGCUAUGCAGUUGAUUCUCUUUCCCCCACUGGCC